AUGGCCGCUGCCCUUCCCGCCACACUUCCGGCGUCGAUGCGGCUCGACGUCAUUGCGGACCCGCAGCUGCGGCUGCUCCUGGAGGAGGACAGGGCCUUGCGUGAGCGCCAAAAUACGACACGUGAGGCGCUGCGCAACGUCGCACGCGCGAGAGACAAGUGCCUCGCGGCGCAUUUGCCGAAGCUCGGCAGCUUCAAGGCGGAGAUAACCGCCACUAUCGACGCCCUCUCCGCCAAGAAGGACGCAUUGUUCUUGGAGCUCGACAAGCUCAAGCUGCUGCAGAGCGAGUUGUCGGACGUGCGGCAGGAGUUACAGAGUGUGGAGUACGAGUGCAGUACCCUCAACAAGGAAAUUCGUGACACAGAGCUCGUGCUGCAGAACGAAAUGCGUGAGCUCGUCCGCCUGCGUGACGACCGCACCGCGCGGGCUGGCCGCCUGCGCUUCGCCACGCUGGAGCAGGCCGACAAGGAGCUGCGGCGCAUUGAUAGAGAGCUGGCGAAGUGUAAGGACGCUACAGUCGGCGGCGGCAUCGCGCUGUCAAGCAGGCGGGCGGCGGCGGAGCGCGACCGGCAGGAGCUCCAGCAGCUUCUCGCCUUUGACGAGCGCGUUGCGGCGCAGGAGCGGCGCGUCGAGAAGUACCGUGCGGCGCUUGAAGAGAAGACAGCGGCGCGGCGUGCGCGGGAGGAGGAGCGAACG